AUGGCCGGCGGAGCGGUCAAAUACCGCCAUCUGUCGCGUGAUUCGGCCCAUCGACGUGCCCUCCUCCGCAAUCUCGUCACCUCGCUCAUCGAACACGAAUCCAUCCAAACGACAUGGCCCAAAGCCAAGGAAGCCCAGCGCUGGGCCGAGAAACUCAUCACCAUGGGCAAGAAGAACACCGAGGCCAGUCGACAAAAAGCCCAGGGUAUGAUCUUUACCAACGGCGGCGUAGCAUUGAGCAAAGUUUUCGGCGACCUUGCCACACGAUACGCAUCCCGACCCGGUGGCUACACCCGCGUCCUCCGCAUCGAACCCGCCAAGGAGGAUCAAGCACCCUCGGCCAUUUUAGAAUUGGUGGAUGGACCGAAGGAUAUGCGCAUGGCCCUUACAGCAAAGACCAUUGCGAAUCUACGUGCAAAGGCCGAGGAGAGGGGCGAGACGGAGAUGAGGAUCAAUGAUAUGACGGCCCAUAAUGUGCAAAAGGUCACACGGUUUAGGGAGGGUGGGGAGGAGGCAUUGGAGGCCAUGGUGCAGAAGUUUGAGGCUUUGUUGGAAGAGGACGAUGAGGGGGUGGAAGAGCUGCCGAAGAAGAAACAUGUCUAUCCCAAACAGGAGAGAUCACGGGGAUAG